UCAGCGGCUGGUCUUCGCCUCCGCUUCCGUACACUUGAUGAAGGCCGCCUUCACCUUCCGCCAUGAGAAGCCGCGUCCCCCUCGCAACGCCACCGCUCUCCUCCUCCUCCUCGUUUCUCUCGUUGAUCCACCGCUGCUCCACCCUCAAGCACGCUCAGGCGUUCCACGCCCGCUUCAUCUCCCUCGGCCUCGUCCGCUUCGCCUACGUCACCAGCCGCCUCCUCGCCCUCUACGCUCUCCACGACGCCGACUGCGCCCAUCAACUCUUCCAGCGCAUCCGCCAUCCAACCGUCUUCGACUGGAACGCCGUCAUCCGCUCCUACUCCACCAGCCCCUACCCCCACCGCGCCCUCGCCUCCUACGUCCGCAUGCGCCGCCGCGACGUCGGCCCCAACGCCCGUACCUUCCCCUUCGUCGUCAAGUCCUGCGCGGCCCUCUCCGUCCUCUCCCAACUCCACGGCCAGCUCUUCCGAUUCGGCUUCCACCUCGACGUCUUCGUCACCAGCUCGCUUGUGAGCACCUACUCCAGUUUAGGCUCCGUCGAUAUCGCCGCCAAGGUGUUCGACGAAAGUCCUAACCCAAAUGUGGUCUCCUGGACCAGCCUCGUGAGCGGCUACUCCACCCACGGAAUGGUGGACAAGGCACGCAGCGUGUUCGAUCAAAUGCCGGAGAGGAACCCCGUCUCAUGGAGCGCCAUGAUUGCGGGCUACGUCCGCAACGAACGCCACCGAGAGGCGAUCCAAUUGUUCCGCGAGCUGAAGCGGCGUGCGAUCGCAGAGAUAAGCGACGCUGUUCUCGUGAGCACUCUGAACGCUUGUGCGAGCCUCGGGGAGUACGAGGAGGGCAGAUGGAUCCAUUCCUUCAUCGAAAUGAACGGGACGAAGCACCAGUACGAGCUUGAGCUGGGGACUGCUCUGGUGGGCUUCUACUCCAAAUGUGGCUUCGUGGACAGCGCGCGAGAGGUGUUCGACAGAAUUCCUCACAGGGAUGUGGCCGCCUGGAGCGCUAUGAUCAUGGGCCUGGCGCUAAACGGAGACUGCCUCUCGGCGAUCGCUGCAUUUUCAGAUAUGAUAUCGCGAGGAGUGAAGCCGAACGCGAUCACCUUCGUCGGCGUCCUGACGGCCUGCGGCCACGGCGGGCUGGUCGACGAAGGGCGGAAGCUUUUCAGGGACAUGGUGGCGGUGUACGGCGUGCGGCCAACGGUCGCGCACCUUGGGUGCAUGGUGGACUUGCUGAGCCGAGCGGGGCACACGGCGGAGGCGGAGAGGCUGGUCGAGGCCGUGCCGGCGGAGGCGGAUGGGGCGGUUUGGGGGGCGCUUCUCAGCGGGUGCUUGAUGCACGGGGACUACGAGCGCGGGGAGCGAGCCGGGAGGCGGGUGGUGGAGUUGGAGCCUAUGAAGAGCGGAAGGCGCGUCGGGCUGGCGAAUGUGUACGCUUCGAUGAGGAGGUGGGACGGAGUCGAACAGGUGAGGAGGGAGAUGAGGGCGCGACGAGUGAGCGCCGCCAUCGCUCGGAGCUCCGUCGAGGUCGGUGGAGUUGGCCAAAGGUUCGUGGCUGAUGUGUUUACGCGAGUAAAAAAGGAAAAAGACAAAAAAGAAGGGUUCCAGCGCCUCGUUCUCCACCAGUCUACGCGGCACCUUCCAUCCUCCGACGCCGCGAGCGGCGGCCCGGCGAGGUAGAAACUCUUUGCCCGCCUAGGGCUUCGAGGGUUCCGGCGAUGGCUCCGCUACACGAAUGGGAGGCCACGGCUCGAGAAGCGAGCGAGAUGAAGAGAGAGGCCAACGUUUACGAAAGUUUUGACGACCGCCGUACGAGUGGUCCUGAGGCGGCGCGGGGAUCCGACGGCAGAAAUGCGGGCGUGAGCGUAGUUGGCGGAGGAAUGAGGAAGUUGCAGGUGAUUAUCCGUGCGAAAAAUUGUAGGGAAUCCAGCAAAGGGGGAAAAGGUAGGUAAGUUGCCGCACGGCGUGUUGAGAUUGUUCGGCAGCAAAGAUGCGGCACUCGGAUCUGCUCCAAUGGAUGGGAAAAAUAAUAUCUUCUUUCUCCACUAAUAAAUAAAGAGCAAAGGAUCCGCUUUGGUUCCUCCCUCUGCAAGGCUUCUUCCUCCGCUCGCAUCUCGGGCGCCUCUCUGCUAGCUUCCAUGGCGUCCCUGAGUGGAUCUGGCGGGAAGAUCGUCCGCGACCGGCAAAGAGACCAGCCGCCGCGGCCUUCCCCCUACGCGCGCUCUCCUCCGCUCGCUCUCCCGCCCCCUCCGCCUCCCGCUGGGAGCCCUAGGUGGCUCAUCGGCCUUGUAUCCGGCGCCGGGAAGCUAAUCUCCUCCGUGUUCCGCGCCGAUAGCAGCGUCCCCGACUCUGCAGAUUAUUCCUCGGACCAAGACCGCAGCAGCUCUCGCUCCGAUGAACAGAAUAUUGAUGCACCUAAACAGCUUCAUGGAUCUAGUCGAGAACUGAAGAAAUCAGAGGAGAUUGCUGACUGCAUGGAGUUAUCACAUGCAAUUGUUCCAGGAAGUGAAACCAAACUUGCUAUUGAGAAGUUGCUCCAACAGGAGAUUUUCUCAAGGGAUGAAUAUGAAAGACUGACUAAGUUAUUACAAUCCCGAGUGGUGGAUUCACCAUCAGUAUUUGUUCAGGAUAAAGUGGGAGAGGCAAUUUCGAAUGGGCUUCCUGGCAACACUGUUGAUUUUUCUGGAGAGUCAUUGCAGCAGUGCAAUGUCUUACCUGGAUCAGAUGUUCAUGAUGAUGCCUCGCCAGUGGAUUUGGCUGAAUCAUAUAUGCAAUCUCUUCCUCCUCAGCAGUCUCCAAGCGCUGGCAGUAUUACUCUACCAUCUAUGAUUGCUAGCAAGGAGGAUCUCCAGACUGAUAGUAGCAACCAUGCAAGAACUAGCAAUUCUUUGUCCUCGAUUAAGGAUGUCAGCAAGCCUUCAUCGACUGUGCUAGAAGACAUUAUCAACAAUGAUGCUCCUCAUGAAUCUUUUAUUUCAGCUUCAGCAUCAAAGGUGCCUGAUGAUGCAAAGCCGCAGAAUCAAAAUCUUUGUUCACUGCACGCAACAGAUGGAUCACGACACGACUUCUCAAAAAAAGGUGGAUCGACAGAAUCAAAUGUCGCACCGCAACUUGUUUCCCAGGAAAAGAAAAGUUUCAAUCAAUUCAGCAAUGGUGGUGAGCAAACUACUGAUGUAGCUAAAGUGAUCAAGGAGCAUCCAAGCAUGGAUACCACGCCGGUUCGCGCGGAGAACCAUAUCACAACUAAAUCACGGAAGGUCAGGAAAAGGGAAUCAAUUGAGCACGUUUCAGUUUCACCUCGGCCUCACACUAGACAGCAAGCGAAAAGAGAGGGACAAGUGGGAGGAGAAAAGGAGCAAAGACACCGUCCCCGACGAGCAUCAAAGCGACAGUAACCCCAACCAUGCACUGACCAAGUGAAAGCAAGUCGUGUUCCAGCUAGUUUAGCUCUUUCGGCCAUCAGUGCUCGUUGUCCACUGUAUAAUAAUUUAUCUAGUUUCGAUAGUGUUGCAUCCAUUUCAUGAGUUAGUGCCUAACUUUUAACCUGUGUGUUUGUUGUACCAUCCUUAAAUAGCACGUCUAACUUGUACGCCCAGUCUCUUGGCCAUCCAUAGAACACAAACUCCAUGAAACUAAAUUGUGGUGAUAAGAAAGGUAGUCAGUCCAUUGAGUUGUAUUUUCUUUCCAUUGUUGUCUAUGCAUAUGUAGAUUGAUCGACAA